AUGGCUGAUUACCGUUACAAGCGUUAUCAACAGUCAAUAGCAGAAAAUGGGCAAUUUCUUUUCCCUCCACAAGCACCUCUGCUCUAUGGAGCUGCAACAUUUCUGUAUGAAUUGUUAACUAAUGGAACAGAUAAGUUACCUACGAAAAAGUACAAGCGAGAAACACCGUAUACUUUAGCUGAUAUUGCUGUUGAAAUAUUGAAAUUAUAUUUAGAACAUAUCGCUUUAUUUGGCGGAAAUACUGGUCGGCCAAAUUCAUUUAUUCUUAAUCCUCCGCAAUUAACAUUGGACAAGCAAACGGUCAAUGGAAUUUUAUGCUUCUUGUAUCAAACCAUUUUAUCAGUUGUGCCAUCACAAAUAGAAACGCUUGUUACAACUCCGUUGGCCAUACUCAAUUAUCUUACAGCAAAUUUAGACCCAAUAUUUGGUCUACAAUUUGGAUGUCCAUCGACUAGUUUAGAUCAAAUAGUUGCCAAAAAGCAAUAA